UCUUUCCUUUCGGUUUCUCUCUCCUCUCUACUUUGCUCUGCCGUAUAGAGGAGACGAAAACCCUAGAACUCUUUUCAUUCCGUUUCUCUGUCUCUCAACGAUCGAAGAGGCCGAUUUAGAGAGAAAAAAAGAAGAGUGCCGGACUAAAGUGAAGCUCUAUAGUUGGAUAUCAAUUCCUGCAUAGUGUUCAUAUUUACUGUCCGCUGUUUUUUGGGUUACUCGCUACUUAAACUUUAUGGCUGCCCAGACAAGUACUAUGCUUAUUUCUUACUCACAAGAGAUUGUAGAUGGAGAGCCAAUAUAUGUCUCCUCAAAUUGCCUUCCAAUCAAGGCUUUUAAAUUCGAACCUGCUGGCCAUGCUUUUCACUCUGCUGCUCUUAGGCUUCUUGGUUGGUGUGAAGAAGAACAUGCAGAUAGUGAUGAUCAUAAUGUGCCCACUGAUAAGGGCCAGGCAUCUGUGCAGUCAUCGGAUUCAUACAGCACUAAAGGUAAAAAGAAAUCUGGUUCUGAAGGUAAGCUACAGGAUCAUUAUGCGUUACUGGGUUUGGGGCAUUUAAGGUAUCUUGCUACUGAGGAACAGAUAAGAAAGAGCUAUCGUGAGACUGCUUUAAAGCAUCAUCCGGACAAGCAGGCUGCACUUCUUCUUGCAGAAGAAACUGAAGCUGCGAAACAAGCAAAGAAAGAUGAAAUAGAGAACCACUUCAAGGCCAUUCAAGAAGCAUAUGAGGUGUUGAUUGAUCCUGUGAGGAGACGAAUUUAUGACUCUACAGAUGAGUUUGACGAUGAAAUUCCCACCGACUGUGCACCGCAGGACUUCUUCAAGGUAUUUGGACCAGCCUUUACAAGAAAUGGGCGCUGGUCAGUUAGCCAAACUGUCCCUUCUUUGGGAGAUGAGAGUACUCCACUUAAAGAAGUGGACAGUUUUUAUAACUUUUGGUACAGUUUUAAAAGCUGGAGGGAGUUCCCACAUGCUGAUGAGUUUGAUCUGGAGCAAGCUGAAUCCCGUGACCAUAAAAGAUGGAUGGAAAGGCAGAAUGCAAAGCUUUCAGAGAAAGCUAGGAAGGAGGAAUCCAUACGUGUACGUGCUCUUGUGGACAAUGCCUACAAAAAGGACCCCAGAAUUUUGAGAAGAAAGGAAGAGGAGAAAGCCGAGAAGCUGAGGAAAAAGGAAGCUAAACUUCUGGCAAAGAAAUUGCAGGAAGAAGAAGCAGUUAGAAUUGCUGAGGAGGAGAGACGUAGGAAAGAGAAGGAGGAAAAGCAAGCUGCUGAAGCUGCUUUACAUCAGAAGAAGGUGAAGGAGAAAGAGAAGAAGCUGUUGCGUAAAGAGCGUACUCGUCUCCGAACACUUGCAGUGCCUGUUUUGUCUAAGCAUUUGCUGGAUCUUACGGACGACGAUGUGGAAAGUCUUUGUAUGUCACUGGAUAUCGAGCAACUGAGAAAUUUAUGUAACAAAAUGGAGGGAAUAGAAGAACAAAGGCGAGCAGAGUUUCUCAGAGAGGCACUGGGGCGUAAUAGUGACUUGGAUGAGGGUAAACAACAUGGGAAGAACACCUCACGACAAAAUGGUUCUUUGGAGGUUAGUGGGAACUUGCCAUUCAUCAGCUUUGAGAAAAAGGAGAAACCUUGGGCCAGAGAAGAGAUUGAGCUCCUGAGAAAAGGGAUGCAGAAGUAUCCGAAAGGAACAUCUCGGAGGUGGGAGGUUAUUUCAGAGUACAUGGGGACUGGAAGAUCAGUUGAAGAGAUUCUGAAGGCAACCAAAACAGUUCUUCUCCAGAAACCUGACUCUGCUAAAGCAUUUGACUCCUUCCUUGAAAAGAGAAAGCCUGCACAGUCCAUUGCGUCUCCUCUGACGACUAGAGAGGAAGUUCAGGGGGUAUCUUCCAGCAAUGGGCCUGAAAGCAAUGCUGCUAAGAUGGAUGAUGUGAAGGAGUCUUCUGGCCAAACUACAGACCACCAAAACUCAGAAGAUGUUGCAAAUGGGGUUUCAUCCAGUUCAGACCAAGAUGUGUGGUCCGUGGUUCACGAGAGAGCACUUGUUCAAGCUCUAAAAACAUUCCCAAAGGACACUAGCCAGCGCUGGGAACGAGUUGCAGCUGCAGUUCCUGGAAAAUCUGUUAUCCAGUGCAAGAAGAAGUUUACACUGCUAAAGGAGAGCUUCAGGAACAAGAAAACUGCUGUGUAAGUUUUCUUAUCUGCUGGUAAGGUGACUAAUGGGCUUGAGAUGGUCCAUGUGUCCAAAUUCGAUUCUUUUGCCUCGAAGAUAGGAACCAGUAAGGUUACAUUACACCUCACGAAAGCAUUUUCCCCUCGAUUUUUGACCAUAAGUUUGUACCAGUUUUCUGUUUAGUUUAAAUAUAUCUUUAGAAUUUUGGAUUCAUAGUGUCUGAGAUUGAUAGUAAAGCAAGAUAUUCGAUCUUGACAAACCUCCUGGAGGUGUCGAUGAUGGUGGUUAAAUCGUUUUAUAAACGUUGUUUACCUAGGUGAUACUUUCCAUUUGAGCACUCAAGCUUUUUGUGGGUUGAGCAAACAAAUGAGGGUUAGUUUAUAUUCUUCUGAAAUCAGCUGAUGGAUUGUUGUAGAAGAGUGUUAAUUUUUUUUUCGAGCAGUUUGUCAUUAAGGCCAAUAGCUUAUAUUUAUUAAUAA